CGGUCGUGCGGGCGGGCGGCGGGGCGGGCGGACCCUCGGCCGCGCUCCGGGCUCCGGCGCCGCCGCUUCUUCUGCUCGGCCCGCGCUGCCCGGCUCUGCGCGCGCUUCGGGGCGAGGCUCGGCCGGCGCGGACGCGCAGCAUGGCGGUGGAGGACGAGGGGCUCCGGGUCUUCCAGAGCGUGAAGAUCAAGAUCGGUGAAGCCAAAAACCUUCCCUCUUACCCGGGGCCAAGCAAGAUGAGGGAUUGCUACUGCACGGUGAACCUGGACCAGGAGGAGGUUUUCAGGACCAAAAUUGUGGAAAAGUCACUCUGCCCCUUUUACGGAGAAGACUUUUACUGUGAAAUUCCUCGGAGCUUUCGUCACCUGUCCUUCUACAUUUUCGAUAGAGACGUUUUCCGGAGGGAUUCCAUCAUAGGGAAGGUGGCCAUCCAGAAGGAGGACUUGCAGAAGUACCACAACAGGGACACCUGGUUCCAGCUGCAGCACGUGGACGCCGACUCAGAGGUGCAGGGCAAAGUGCACCUGGAGCUGCGGCUGAGCGAGGUCAUCACAGACACUGGGGUCGUCUGCCACAAGCUCGCCACACGCAUCGUCGAGUGCCAGGGCCUCCCCAUCGUGAAUGGGCAGUGUGACCCCUACGCCACCGUGACGCUGGCAGGACCCUUCAGAUCGGAAGCAAAGAAGACGAAAGUAAAGCGGAAGACCAACAACCCCCAGUUCGACGAAGUGUUUUAUUUUGAGGUGACCCGGCCCUGUAGCUACAGCAAGAAGUCUCACUUUGACUUUGAGGAAGAAGACGUGGACAAGCUCGAAAUCAGGUGAGAAAACCAGGCUCCG